AGAUGGAAGAUCUGGCGGCACACGGUGUGUUCCUCCCUCCGAAUAUGCAAGGGCUGACUGACGAGCAGAUUCAAGAGCUGAAACUGAAGGAUGAGUGGGGAGAGAAGUGUGUACCCAGUGGGGGCUCAGUCUUCAAGAAGGACGACAUUGGACGGAGGAAUGGGCAAGCUCCAAAUGAGAAAAUGCAGCAGGUUUUGAAGAAGACGGUAGAAGAAGCCAAAGCGAUAGUGUCUAAGAAACAAGUGGAAGCUGGAGUCUUUGUUACCAUGGAGAUGGUGAAAGAUGCCCUGGACCAGCUUCGAGGCGCAGUGAUGAUUGUUUACCCCAUGGGGCUGCCACCGUAUGACCCCAUCCGCAUGGAAUUUGAAAAUAAAGAGGAUCUGUCAGGAACUCAGGCAGCACUGGAAGUCAUUCAGGAGUCAGAGGCACAGCUGUGGUGGGCUGCCAAGGAGCUGAGAAGAACGAAGAAGCUUUCCGACUACGUGGGGAAAAAUGAGAAAACCAAAAUCAUCGUCAAGAUCCAGCAGAGGGGGCAGGGUGCCCCGGCCCGGGAGCCCAUCAUGAGCAGCGAGGAGCACAAGCAGCUCAUGCUGUUCUACCAUAGGAGACAGGAGGAGCUCAAGAAACUGGAAGAAAAUGACGAUGACUCCUGCUUAAACUCCCCAUGGGCCGAUAACACUGCGUUGAAAAGACAUUUUCAUGGGGUAAAAGACAUCAAGUGGCGACCCAGAUGAGGCCUGCCACCUAAUGAGGCCAUCGGAGCCACUAGCCAGCCUUCCCUGAGCAAAAUAAUCAUAAUACUAUAAAAGACAUGGAGGUUUCUAUUUUCCUGGUUUCUUUUAGUUUGAAUUUUUUAAAUAGGUCAUUCAUUGUUUUAGAACUUAAUAAAUACAUAAUCAAAAGAAAA